GGAUCUCCAUUCUUACCUACUUGGUGACCAGGAAGAGAAUGAAAACAAUGCAAACCAGCAGCCUAACAACCAGCAUGCUCGCAAUAAUAACGCCAUUCCAGUUGUGGGAGAAGGUCUUCAUGCAGCCCAUCAAGCCAUACUUCAACAAGGAGGACCUGUGGGUUUCCAGCCUUAUCGUAGGCCUUUAAAAUUCCCGCUCAGGAUAUUUCUUUUGAUUGUUUUCAUGUGCAUAACAUUACUGAUUGCAAGUCUUAUCUGCCUUACCUUACCAGUAUUUGCUGGCCGAUGGUUAAUGUCAUUUUGGACGGGGACCGCUAAAAUCCAUGAACUGUACACCGCUGCUUGUGGUCUUUAUGUCUGUUGGUUAACUAUCCGAGCAGUGACAGUGCUGGUUGCCUGGAUGCCACAGGGUCGUCGAGUGAUUUUUCAGAAAGUCAGAGAAUGGUCGCUCAUGAUAAUGAAAACAUUAAUAGUAGCUAUCCUGCUGGCUGGCGUGGUUCCACUUUUGCUUGGUCUUCUGUUUGAACUGGUGAUUGUUGCACCUUUGAGAGUUCCUUUGGAUCAAACACCUCUCUUCUAUCCUUGGCAGGACUGGGCUCUUGGAGUUCUGCAUGCCAAAAUAAUCGCUGCCAUAACACUGAUGGGUCCCCAGUGGUGGCUGAAAACUGUUAUUGAACAGGUGUAUGCAAAUGGGAUUCGUAACAUUGAUUUACACUUCAUAAUCCGUAAACUGGCAGCACCCGUCAUCUCUGUUCUCUUACUUUCCCUGUGUGUGCCGUACAUCAUAGCUUCUGGGGUUGUACCUUUAUUAGGAGUUACUGCUGAAAUGCAAAACCUAGUUCAGCGCCGGAUUUAUCCUUUUCUGCUUAUGGUGGUGGUUUUGAUGGGAAUUCUCUCCUUCCAAGUCCGCCAGUUCAAGCGCCUUUAUGAACAUAUUAAGAAUGACAAGUACCUUGUUGGGCAACGGCUUGUGAAUUACGAACGGAAGUCUGGUAAACAAGGCACAUCAACAACUCCACCUCAGUCUUCACAAGAAUAGAUGGUCACAUUAAACAUCUUGACCUUCCCUUUGCCUUUACGUGUCCUGUUUUCAUAGACUCUUCUUCAGUCUUUGGAUAUCUCUCCCAGUGAUACUCUCAGCAGUGUUUUCACUUCUGUUAGUAGCAUCCAGAUAGCAGUCAAGGCUCUUGUCCUUUAUCUGCAUUUUCUGGUGUUAUCAAUGCUGUCUGAGGUCUGUAUAUGUGUAAAUAGAAGUAUCCUGACACCCUAAAACCUUGGAUUAAAACGAAUGUGCAUUGUACAUCUUUAAAAAAGUAUAUUAAUUUAUUAAAUCUAGUUGUCACUUUAUUUUGGACUGCUGUUCUGUUGACAAUGUGCCACAAAGCAAUAGUGCAAAGAGGCAAGAUGUUUUUAUAAAAUCUGGAGCUUACUUUAUGGUGUUCAUAACAGUUCAUAUUGUAGUAAUAUAAUAUGAUUUUUCAUGAGUGGAAAGGCCACACGGAGAAUAUCAAAAGUAAAUUACUGUCUUACAGUCAGCAAUGAAGUGGCUGUAGUGAGAACAUAAUGAACUACGUAUCUUGCUGUCAAGUCUUUUUUAUUAUUUUGUAUAACACCAAAGCUGUUGUACAUUUUUCUAUUGCCUGAUUGUUUUUCAUGUGUC